AUGGAAAACAAUAGGUUUUAUGCAAAUCAAUCUUGUUAGAAAGAAUUAGAGUAGUAACUUAAGGAAUCAUUUUUAGAAAUAAAACUUUUAAAAUAAGAGAACAAAUAUCUGUAAAUGUUUAUCUAAUAAAUAAAGCUCAUCUAAUUUUGAAGAAUUCAAAUUAAAAUAAGAAGAAACAAGAAAAUUAUAAUAAUUAGUAGUUGAAUUAGAAUAAAGAGUGUUGACUUUGGAAGAAGAAAAUGCCAAAUAAGAAGCUGAGAUAGGAUAUUUGUAAUAUUCAAUAAUUUAUUUUUUAGAAGAGGAUUUUCAUAAAGCAAAGAAAUAUAAAUAAAUUAGAAAGCUAGUUAUGUAUAAUUAGAGCAAGAGUUAUAGGAUUUGUAAAUUUAUUUGAAAAAGUUCAUUCAGUUGCAUGAUUGGUAUUUUCCAAUUAUAUUUCUUAGUUUAAUUGAACAAAUUCCAAACUUAAAUUUGCAACUUUGUUGGAAAGAAAUCAAUCAGGUAUUGAAAAAUCAAUUUAAUACAAACUAAUCUAUAUAAAAUUUAUAAGAUGAGUUAAAAUUAAUUGAGACAACAUACAAAGAACUUGUUCAUUGUAAAGAUAAUGGUUUAACACCUUUAUAAGAAAUGGCUAAAUGUAUAAUAAUAAUAAAUUAAAUUUAGAGUAAAGUAUUAGAGAAUCAAGAGUAGAAAUAGAGAGAAUAAGAAAAGAAGUUCAAUUAAAAUAAAUGGAUUUGAAAUAGUUUGAAAAAAAGUUAAGUGAAUUACAAAAUGAAUUUACAUACAUAAGUAGAAUAGAAACAAGAAAAAAUAAUGUGUAAAUAGAAGCAGAAAAAUAGUUAAUUGAUUUUAGAAAAGGAAUAUCAACAACAAAAAAUUAAAAUAAUAAUAAUGCAUCCUUAAUGAGGGAUACUUUUAAAGAAAGAGACACUUAUAAAGAAAUGAUGAUACCUGAAAGAUUAAGAGAUUAAUCUGAGGUACUUCCUGUCCCUUCUUCAAUAAAGAGAUUCCAGAGACCAUAUAUAGAGAUAAAUGAUAGAUAUGAUGAUUAUUAAGAAGCUAAAACUCCAAUAGAGAAAACAAUUGAUUAAACUAGAAAGAAAUUAAGUCGACAAUUAAGUUAAGCCAGUAGUCUUCGUGAUUAAAAAUAUAUUUGA